GUUGUACUUUCGUUAUGACAUUCGACUUGGACUUUGGGUGUCUGAUUUUCCCGUGAUAGCAAUGUUUACGCCCACCAACUAGAGAGCAGAACAUUCAGACAAACAGGCAUGACACGGCGAUGUUUUCAACUGUAGUCAACGCUGAAGAUGGCUACUGCUCAGUUGGAGAAGAAAGUGAAGGAAAAUUUCCUGACGUGCUCCAUCUGCUUCAAGACGUACACAGACCCGUGUACACUGACCUGCCACCACACCUUCUGUCAGAGAUGUAUCACCAAGUACAUCCAAACCAGGCCAGAUGCUGUUCAGUCCAAGACGAUCCCCUGUGCCUUCUGUCGACAAGAUACCAAGGUCCCCCAUCCCAGCAGACCAGUGGAGGAGUGGGCGGGGCAGAUCAAACCCAGCAUCAUUAUACAGGGGCUGAUUGACACCCUCAGGACCGAGGAAGAUGCGCCAGAGAAGUCAAGCACCUGUUGUACGAUCUGUCAGCAAAUAGGGGAGACAACUCCAGGUGCCUUGUGGUGUCCUGAGUGUGAGGUGGCCCUCUGUGACAGAUGUGUGAAGACACACCGGGUGAGCCCUAUCUUACAGAACCAUGACCUCUGUGACCUGUCAUCUAAGUCAAAGGGCAGACGGACGAUUAAGUGUACAGAACACAAGAGUAACAAUGUAGAGUUCCACUGUAAAGACUGUCAGAAGGCUGCUUGUCAGACAUGUUGUAUCAUCUACCACAGAGCUUGUAAAACUCUCGUCACCAUUGAGUCUAUGAAGCCAGAGAUGAAGACAGUACUGCUGGAGAAGAGAUUUGGCAUGGGGAAGAGACUGAAGGUGAGGUCGAAGAAGGUAGAGAUGAAAAACGAGAAACUACAAAAUAGUUCAAGAAGCACGGAGUUAACUGUGCAAAAUAUUAAAUCAAUCUGUCAAACAGCUAUAAACAAGAUUAAAGAGAAAGAAACACAACUCUUGGAUGAACUGAAUCACAUUACACAGACGUACGCCGGCCAACUCCGCUCCGGUGUGAAACAUGAAGAGAUUGAGAUGCAGAUGUACAGACAACAUUGUGAGUUCAUUGACCAGGCCUUGGUAUCGGACUGUGAGAUGGACCUGUAUGACGCGUAUCAGGCCUGGGAGUCGGGGGCUGUAGAGAAGGGGGAUGUCAGGGAAACAGACACAGCAGACACAGGGAAAAUAGAUGACAUCAGGUUUACACCUGACACUGACAACGUCCAGCACAUCCUAGAUGACCUACAGCUGGGGAAGAUUGACGUCACAUACCAGGAUCAGGGCACACGUCUGCCGUCUCCAGUGCUGGUUGACACGAUAGACGGGAGGAUGGCGGAUGAUGAAGAUAAGCCUUACCUUUGUGACGUCACAGUCCUGGUUGUCAAUGGUAUAUAGACAUGUGUUGUCACUGACUUCAAUAACACGUGUGUGAAAUCGUUCUACACAAGAAACAAUCAUCCAUGUCAAAGUAGACUUCCCCUGGUCUACUCUCCAUUGGGAAUAACACAGUUGAAGGAGAACCAGGUGAUGGUUGCUGUCCCUGAAUUCAGUGAGAUUGUAACAGUAGAAGUGACCCCUGACCUGGUGCUGCUCUCUACCAUCACAACAAGCAAGGUGUACUACAGUCUCGCUGUUCUGAGUCCUUCAUCUCUAGCAGCAGGUGGUAUGGCCUAUGUUGAUAUCUUGGACAUGGCGGGACACGUGCUGAGGUCAAUGACAACACAAAACAAGACACUGUUUAGCUACCCCACCUACAUGUGUGUCAACAACAAGGGCAACAUACUCGUGUCUGACUGGGGGAAGCAGUCUGUGAUAUGUCUGACGUCAGAGGGGCAUGUUGUGUGGAGAUACGCCCCUACCGGAGACAGAGCACUCGGUCAACCUCGUGGUAUCUCAACUACCAGCACAGGAGACAUCCUGCUUGUAGCCGGGGACAUCAAAAAGGUGAUACAGCUGACAGUCGGGGGAGUAUGUCAGGGAUGUCCUAACAUCAAAAGAUAUGUGUGAUAUAUCUUGUGAUAAAUACGGAUCUCUCUUUCUCUGUACAAACACGGAAGUGAAAGAGUAUAUGUCUGAUAGAAAGCGAAAGAUGAAGGUUUAGUCUAGAGCUGUGGCUUCAAUGUUUGUCAUUUACUGCAUGUGAAAUGAUGUGUAUGGGGUUACUCUGGAAAUAUUUAUAUGAAAAUGAUGUCGAGAAAAUAGAUCCAGUCAACGUAUAGAACACUCAGUAUCAAUAAAAGUCUUCACCAAAACCUGGGAUGCCGCCUAUUCAGUCAUUUGGUCACCAAAGGAAUAACAUUAUUUAACAUUGCCCAUACAAUUUAAACCAAAAGAUAUGCCAUAAACAUGAGUGUAAGACUGGGCGGUUUUAUUUUUUCGACGGUUUCGACAAAAACAUAGCCAUGAACGUCAAAAUGGACUUACAUGCUCGCUGCUCCCAGUGUAAAAAACAACAGUAGAAGUAAUAAUUUUGUGGUGUAGUUUUUAAUUCGAUCAUAAUCAACAUCAAUGUGUUGAAAUCUAAAAGACGCACGAUAGCUAUGUGCGUGCGUGGAUUCAACAUUCUCCUCAAGAUUAGAUCCCAUCUCUUUGUUCCAUGAUGAAAUCCGCCGUUUGAACGGAAACACACCAUGAUUGUGACAAGAAAUCUACAAAGAACGUUUUGUUAAUUUGAAAAGUAAUCGCCGAUGACAAACAUCAUUGUAACUUUGCCCACACAAUGCAGAAAUAUUCUGAUCUGGAAUGUUAAUAUUUGGUAAACAUUAAACUCUUCAAUCCUUCU